CCCGCGAAAAAAAGUAGGCCAUGCAUCCAACUAUCUUCACAAAAAAAAUCGUUUUGUCGUAAAAGAAAGACUAACACAAUUUCACAUUUUUAAGUAUAGGUAUUUUUAGAUAGUAUGUAUGUAUUUAUUUUUAUUAAAUACAGUCUUAUCUACCUAUUCUGAAGAAGAAGUAAUAUCAAACAUCUUAAAACCACAUAAUAGGCAGUGGCAGUUGUGGAAAAAGCAAGGUUCCCUUUUGAUUUUCCUUUUGGUUUCGUUUACAGAGAAUAAGCAGUUUAUUUUUAAAUUGUAUCGUUCAAUGCACUUGUGUAUGUGUGUUUGUGUUAGACCCAUUUUGUUUGCAGAUUUUUAAAGGUUGUUUAAAAAAAUGUUAAUUGUUACCUUCUGAUUUCUUACAAUAUGUGUCUCUUUCAUCUGCAAAUAAGACGGGGACGGAAGUGUGUGACGGUAUCCUGUGAAGCGCGCAUCAUUUGAAUUGAUGAUCAUCCAAUGUCAUGGCUCACUCGUGUUUUUCAGAUUUAUGAAGUGCGGCCCAAACAUCACGAUGCCCCGCCGCCUGCGGUGAUACACGAGGCUGCGAUGGGUUCCAGUCCGCAUCCAACGGCCAAGAUGCGCAAAAGCAAAUUUUGGCGAGGGCGUUGCCAGUGGAGUGUGGUGACUGUAAUAGCCAUCGCUUUGGUGGUGUACAACGCCGCAGCCAACGUGUGGAUGUUGCGGCCGGCCUCCUGCCCCGUCCUCACCACCCAGCCCGCUCCUGACCCUCCCAGCUGCGAGCCUUGCGUCGAGACAGCAUCCGCCAGCGCGAUAGAGGACGACCCCAUUGCUAAACUCAAUCUACGACUCGGCAGAUGGGACAAAUCACGCUCCUACAGAAUGUUUGACUAUGCAGCCGUAGGCGAAACUUAUGCCGAAUCUUCGGCGAACAAUCUCGUCUGUCUAGCCACCCAAACCUCCAUUGAACGACUACACGAACUGUUGAAAAUAGCUGCACACUGGACGGGCCCGAUAUCCGUCUCAGUGUUCGUGGCAGGAGACGAACUGAAACUACUAAGAGCAUUCACCACUUGGCUGAUUAGAUGCAAACACGAUGUAGCGACUCGAUUAGCCAUACACGUAGCAACGCCAGUAGAAAAGCCUGCGAAUCACGGAAAGAUGCCUGUUUGGGCUAGGGAUUGUGGGUCGUGGCCGUUGCCGCCUUUAGAUAGAAGAACUGAGACAGUCGUUUGGAGGUUGAAGAAUCCGUAUCCACAGAACCAUUUGAGGAAUCUUGCAAGAACGAGUUGUCAAACCCCUUAUGUUUUCUUAGUGGAUGUUGAUAUAGUACCUUCGAGAGACAUGACAGAGUCGUUGAACAAGUUCUUGAAGAGCACCCCUAAGUGCCGGCUGUGCGCGUACGUGGUGCCGACCUACGAGCUGGACAAGAGGGUGGCGAACUUCCCCGCGAACAAAACGGAACUAUUGAGGCUAUCAAAAAAUAAGUUGGCUAUACCUUUCCAUAGGAAAGUUUUCAUAUACAAUCAGUACGCUUCAAAUUUUUCCAGAUGGGAACAGAGCGGAGGCAACGAGAGUUCAGACACACAUAUCAGCCACAACGUGACCAACUUCGAGUUACUCUACGAACCGUUCUACGUCGCCCCGGACACGGUGCCCGCGCAUGAUGAGAGGUUCCUGGGCUACGGUUUCACCAGGAAUUCACAGGAUUUCAAAUGGGCCGGAUUCAGUGGAAGUUUCCUAAUACACUAGAUUAACAUGCUUGUUAUGCAUCAGAUACAAUUAUAUUGCAGAUAAAAUCAAGAAUUUGAUGAUCAUUUACGAAUGUGUUGUUUAUAAACAAACAAGUGGGACAAUCAAGUGUUGUGUCGACUCGUAAUCAAUCUUUAAUGCAAAAUAUCUUCUCUUGAAAAUGUGUUUUUGAAAUCGCUAGUUGUUUUUCUUUUGCUUUCUUCUAUUCCCUCCCACUGACCUGACGACCUCGGUGGCGCAGUGGUAAAGUGCUUGCCUCUGAACCGAGAGGUCCCGGGUUCGAACCCCGGUCGGGUCAUGAUGGAAAAUGAUCUUUUUCUGAUUGGCCCGGGUCUUGGAUGUUUGUCUAUAUAUGUAUAUGUUAUAAAAUAUAGUAACGUUGAGUUAGUAUCCCAUAACACAAGUCUCGAACUUACUUUGGGGCUAGCUCAAUCUGUGUGAUUUGUACUAAUAUAUUUAUAUUUAAAUUAUAUUUAUUAUUACUGACCACAGUCAUUGCCACAGCGGAUAGGUAUGUUUAAAAAUCUCGCAGUUCAGUCGAACACGUAUUGUAAAGCUUAUUAUUCUCUUUUAUCUGAGUACUUUCUCAAGUCCAAGUUACGGAUUAUUUUUUUAACAAUUCUUAGAAAUUUUACGAUUCUUUCAAUGAUGAAACUGAUUUGGUUUUCAAAGAAAACUCUGUCGCAAGAAUUAUCUUGUUUUGUCUCUCUAGUAGUCUUUUUCAUACAUAUCGUUCCGGUGAUCCGGUUUAGUUUAGAAAGUCGUAAUUAUAUGGACAUAUAAUUACGGCGCGGUAUUUGCGGUGAGUGAGUUAUUUACACUGCUUUGCAACUCUAUCUCAGUAAAUCAUGUGUUUCAUAAAGUUUUUGGUUUUAUUUCAUUAGUAAGAUAGGUAAUAACCACGUCUGGCUAUGCCGUCUGGUCCGUGUGGCCCUAGCAGAAUGGGCAAACCCAAAGAGUGCUGGCUUAAUGUCGUCAGGAUCAUUAUUUGCAUGCCAUUGGGCUGACAUUUUUAAAUGCCGGAGACCGUGCGAAGUUGAGAAGAAAAAGUAUCUGAUGCUCUGAGACUGAAGAAAUACGGUGGGACGAGAAAGAGAGAAAGAGAGAGAGAUUAUAAGUAUCCGAUGUCGAUCAGUGUUUCAUUGGACCAUAACUACAAAGUCGGAUUCUUCUUUUGAUUAAUUCCCCGUAGUUACCGGACAGGACCUUAAUUGUGAAACUGAAAUUUAUAGUCCAAGCGACGCGUAAUACCAUCGAUUAAUGACUUUAAUUCCGCAGGCCGUAAAUUGGAAAACUGCCAAAGUGCGAGUCGAUAUGGAAACAUAUUAUGUGGGUUCCUUUUAUAGUACCUAUUACCUAUACUCAUUUUAUAACAUACUAGUAGGUAUAUUAUCUUUGUAGCCUUUUGAGAAAAAUGUGUAAUGUUCAAAGUUCAACAAAACGAAAUUUACUACAAGAGCUCUUGAAGUUAAGUAAAUCAGUUACCAAUUACCGGUUCGAAACUAACCCUCUGAUUCAUAAAAAGUUACAGCAUGCAUACAUUAAAAUAUGUUUAGUCUCGUUCUGUCAGGACAAAUAAAAUAGGUGCCAUAGUGACCCAAUGCAAUUUAGCUUAAAUUAUGUAUUAACUUUUUUAUGUUAGUUCUAAUAGUUUUCUAUUUACAUAUAUGUUUACAGAUCUGUCAAAUGUGGUUACAAAGUAUAAUUGUUAUUACAAAGUAAAUUGUUACAGAUCUGUCAAAUGUGGUUACAAAGUAUAAUUGUUAUUACAAUGUACGACAUUUUACAAAUGUUCUGUCACAGAACCCUAAAGUCGUAAAAAAAUGACUGCCGCCGGGGCUUUUCGGAUUUGCAGUAUGUUAUUUAUUUCGGAAAGGAAAUUAAUAAUUAUUCAAGUCACACCGGCAGAUAACACUUGUAUAUAUAUAUAUAUAUAUAUAUAUUGAUUACACAACAUUUUUGGCAGAAAAAUCUUGGUGCUAUAAAUGCGUGACGAAUCGAGGAGUUUACUCCUUGAAGCAUGUCUGGCGUCCAUGGAUGCAUACGUUAAUUCUCAUCUCUCAGAAAAAGUACCCGUGGGAAAUUCAAGCGGGAGAGACCGCGGGCCAACAGCUUUAAUAAUAAAACCUGAUUAAGUUGUCAGUUAUUUGUAUAACACAGUCAAUGUAUAAUUAUUAUUUCUAUAUAUUUGUUCUGUGGCGUUAUGGAGAACUGCAAAGUUACAGAGUUUGGCAAACGUGCUCAAUUAUACGCUUAAUUUAUUACUAGCGAUUGCGCGCGCGCAUUAUUCGCAGCUUACGUACCUAACCUCCGGCCCACAGUAAUCAAUAAAACUUAUAUUAUCGAUACGGGUUAGAAUACGAUGUUGGGCCAAACAAUUAGCUGAUUUAGUCCAGUUUGUUGGCACAUUAACUCGAAAUUGAACGUUAACGAUUCAUAAUUGUCUACAGUUGCCAACGGUAUACGACCGCCAAAACGGUACAGUUAAGUUUUCAUUUUCGUUUUCACCUAGUCAUUAUCACCGUCAGCCAUUUUACUGUCGUCAGUGACCUGCAGGCCCACCAUCAACUUUUACAGAACGAUUCCAAAGCAACUCAGUUCAAUUUGGACACCUAAAAUGAAUCUCAUUCAUACAAAAAAUUAAGUCGAUGGUACGAAUUUGCGAUGCAGUUCAGUUUAGGUUGUAAAGCGGAUCGCGUUAAGAGAUGAUGGUAAGCCCCCUGACCUUGCCUUCCUUAGGAUAGGCAAAAGGCUAGUUAAUUUUUUUUAAAUGCUAUUCGAAGACCCUUAUGAAAUUUAUUAACAUGGUCCACAAACAAGUAUAAGUAUAUUAAUAGAAACACCAGUCCUAAAAUCUAUUUUAUCUAGAUUAUACAUAUUUUUACCAUCUCUGACCUUGUCAAUUACCCUAACUAUAACCAGAACCUCCUGUGUGCUUCGCAGGUUACGUUAGUAAAGGAGUUUGACACAAUAUAAUUUUGGUCACCCAUCCAUUAACCGACCACGGCGAAAGUGACUUAACUGCCACUACCGCGAGCGCGAGGCGCUCACCACCUAGCUCCUCUAACUAUAACGCGCAUAGUAGCUCUAUAUAAAACUGUCAAAAACGUUAUUUUCCAUUCGACUGUACACAACAAAGACGUCAAAGGCGAUCAGUAAAAAUUCAAUAAGCUUGUAUGACGGCCGGCAAACGGUGCUCGCGGACAAUUUUCUUUCAUACUCUCAGCUGACUUCACUCAAGGAACUCCGAACAAAAUGGAGGACGCGAUUAUUCUGAGCUGCUUUCUUGAUUUAGUUCGGUAUUGCUUUCCUUCAGGGUUGUGUUAUGGCACCUAUGGUUAGCUUAUACAUUUUCAUUAGGUGUAGGUGUUCAAGUAUAUUGGGAUUUCGAUAUCAUAAAAGUUAAACAAAGAGAUAAAGAGGUACUAUAGUCGAUUUUGUAUGGACUGAAUAGUGGAGACUUGCAAUGAAUUCAGGUAGUUACGUAAGUAAGUAGGUAUUUUAUAAAUUAUGAGAUUUAAGUUAUAUUUUUUAAAUCAACAAUAAUAAUUUCUCUCGUAUUUGUAUUAGCUAUAAUAUUGUCCAAAAAUAUCCAUCUAGUUCUAAGCUCUGUGGAUUGUAAAAGAAACUCGCUGGGAAGCGACACGAAAUAAAAAUAACUAAGAAAAUACGAGCGAGUAUUUUUGUCGCGCGGUAACCGGAUCUGUGGGGAAUGUAGUCGGGAUAUAUAGGACACGGGGCUCGUUAAUUAGCUUUGUGAUAAUCUUCAUAGUCGUAUUCCUCAUGGCUGAGGGUCGUGGUCAUUACGUGGAAUGAAACACACACAACAACUUUCUUGGCAUUAGUAAUGGAGUGGUUUGUGAAGCAAGUGGUGGUCUAUGAAAACUACUAUACAUGAGUCAGAUUGGUAUACAAACUCAUGUGGCACGAGUAGGAUUCGAACCUGGGAUCUUUCGGUCCACAGGCGGGCGUCUUAACCAUUACACCACCACCGCUUUUGUGAUAAUACUGUGGCUGUAUUGGCCAAGAGUGAAAAAAAUCUGACGUUUGUUUCUGUGGGGAUUUCAACGUACAUAAAUACUACAUUAUUAUGUGAUUGAAUCAAUUUUUCUUCGAAUAGUCAGAAGUUUGCCAUUGUGUUGUUUGUAAGAUAAUCAAUUUUCAUUGCAAACUCUAAUUUAUGUUGGUUUCUGGGUUUUUCAUUAUAAGUAAAAUGUCAAGCCCUUUUGAUCGAUCUGCCUUUUGUACUAAUUUGUGUACCUAUGUGUGACACAAGGUGAAAAAAUGCCUGUGAAAAUCUAAUUUCUGAAUCAAUGAUUUGACUUUGACAAACAUCCCCAAAAAAUUUGAACCACCUAUGCCUUCAAUAUGUUCAUUAGGUUAGGCUGUCUUUUUAUGAACAAUAUGGUUAGUUCAGAUGAUCGGACCACGAUUAAAAGCAGUUUGUCAUGGUCUGCCGCCGCGAGGUCGGCUCCGACGACCUACGAGGUUCAUGUUGAUCACGGUCUCUGUGCGAGAAUGAUCCACGGUGACACAGAUUUUUGAGAAAAUUUAGGUUAAUAUGACUUCACCUUCAUCUAGAAGAGAUGAAAUUUCGAAACACAAAAUCUCAUCGGUUUAGUAUAUGAAAUAAAUGAUAGGAUUUUAAUAUUUUUAUUGCAAAUAAAUUGGUUUUAAAAAAUACAAGUAAUUCAAGUCCGCCCUAGCUGUUAUAACCAGCGGGACUGGAGUCCUUACUUCUUAAUGAUGAUCGUAAACACGGGUCUCGACGACUGUGCACAACUGAUUGACGUCAUUGCUAAUUAUACCUAGUGAUGCUCGUGUUGUUACAUUUUAAAUUGAAUGGGAGUGUCAGCAUUUUAUGAAGAAGUCUAAUUCUCAUGUAGGUAAAUAUUCUUGAGAACGUGUACGUUAAGAAUGUUGUGUGUCAAAAAUGGAAAAUGAAAUAAAUUUAUUUAGGUACCUAUAUUGAAUUCUAAAUGAAAAUUCAAUGGAAACCUUAUUAAUGAACUUGGUUUGUUGGAGUUGAAUAAAUAUAAUGGCCAGUAUCUAAUACUGUAGGUAGUCUAUUUUGUCUAUAGUUUCUAUCACAAAAAGUACUGCACGAUUAGAUAUCUUGAAGUCGAUUUUACAAAGGAUCGUCUGUAAACUUUGAGCAAAUAGAACUGAUAUCGUAUCUACAAUCUUCCAUCACAUAUUUUGCCGACGUAACAUUGAAACGGACAUACCAUUUUUCCAUUCUAGCAGAAAGGCACAUAUGUAAGAAUAACAUGAGACUUGCCUGUUUCAGUCCCUAUUUUCAGUUUCUGUUUCGCUGGACGAUACGAUAGUUAUAUGUCGAUAAUCAUUUAAUGUACCUACACUAUCUAUUUAAAUAAAUUUCGUCAAUUUUUGUUCCUUUCUCCAUUUACCACACUAGCUCAUAAAUCAUCAACAAGACUAGAAUUGCGGGUUUAUAUUACAGUAUACUUAAAUACAUACUUUGUGGUACAUGUUUCACCCCACUUCUCAUCACA